AGGUUUCAGAAGAACAGUCUUCCAUAAUGAGAAUAUCUGACACACUGGCAGUUUUAUACCGAUACUCAGCGACGAAACUACGUUACCCACCAUGCAUUGUGAGGGAAGUGAGCACUGGCUCGUAAACUGCAUCUCGAGUUUCGCCCCCAAACAGAUCAGAGUCAACAAACUGGCCAUCUGGUGCUGCAGGCUGUUUAACAUUAAAGCAGUUGUGUUCUACAAGGUAACGGACAGAGACAACAGUGGUGUUACCAUGGUGACACAGGGUGAGAUGUAGUGUUCCUGUGCCCCCCCCCUCGCCCCCCCCCCCCAAGACACCCCGGUGAUGUGGCCGUGCCACCGCGACUUCCUGUCGCAAUACACACACCAUCACCUGGUGGCAUUCCUGCUUACCUUCUUCAGCUAUGUCCUGCUGCAUUCUUCCAGAAAGACCUUCAGCAACGUGAAGAUCAGCAUCUCUGCACAGUGGACCCCUUCAAUCCUUAACAGCACCUUACCCCCAUACUCCCCUGGAGAGACAUGGGAGGAGAACUGUUUGUUUUCAGACUCACAGGAGGCCACGCUGUUUCUUGGGGCUCUGGACACCAUCUUCCUUUUCUCCUAUGCAGUGGGUCUCUAUAUCAGUGGAGUGAUCGGGGACCGUCUGAACCUGCGAUAUGUGCUGUCCUUUGGUCUCUGUGGCUCAGCAGUAGUGGAGUUUGUGUUUGGGACCGUGACGGAGUGGAUGGCGUUCUAUAAUGUGUAUUUCUACUGUGGGCUGUGGGUGUUAAACGGCCUGCUGCAGUCGGCUGUCUGGCCCUGUGUGGUCACCGUCAUGGGCAACUGGUUCGGCAAGUCAGGGCGUGGCUUUGUGUUCGGCCUCUGGAGUGCGUGUGCUUCUGUGGGGAACAUCCUGGGUGCCUUCCUUGCCUCCAGUGUCCUCAAAUAUGGAUAUGAGUAUGUGUUCCUGGUGACGUCGGCGGUGCAGUUUGCAGGAGGGGUGGUCGUCUUCUUUGGCCUCCUCUCCUCUCCAAAGGAAGUAGGGCUGAGGAUAGAUUCUGAGACUGGUUUGCUUCCGGUGGAGAGGGACUCUGACAGCCAUCGUCCGCUGAUGAGUGAUGAGGAGGAAGAGGAGGAGGAAGAGGAGGAGGAGAGAGUGUGUGAUGCUCCGCCCACUCCCAUAGGUUUCCUGCAGGCCUUCUGUCUGCCUGGGGUCAUCCCGUAUUCUCUGGCGUAUGCCUGUCUGAAGCUGGUCAACUACUCCUUCUUCUUCUGGCUGCCAUUCUACCUGAGCUCUAACUUUGGGUGGCCCGAGGCGCAGGCCGACCGCCUGUCCAUCUGGUACGACGUGGGUGGCAUCAUAGGUGGUACGGUUCAGGGGCUGAUCUCUGAUGUGUUGGGGAAGAGAGCUCCUGUCAUAGCGCUCAGUCUCCUGAUGGCCAUGGGGGCGCUAGUGGGCUACAGCCAUUCUCCAAAUGACCAGGUGGUGAAUGCAGCCCUAUUGGCCACCACAGGUUUCUUCAUCGGCGGGCCGUCCAACAUGAUCUCCUCCGCCAUCUCGGCCGAUCUGGGCCGGCAGGACGCCCUGCAGGGGAGUCAGGAGGCUCUGGCCACCGUCACCGGCAUCGUGGACGGAACCGGCAGUCUUGGAGCCGCUGCUGGACAGUAUCUGGUCUCCCUGAUCGAGAGCAAGCUGAACUGGAUGUGUGUGUUCUACUUCUUUGUUCUCAUGACAGGGGGCAGUGUGGUGUUCAUCAUUCCUCUUCUGGUGGGUGAGCUGCGCUCCAUGUGUCGGAGCCGCACGCUGCAGACCCACCAGCUGUGAUGCCACUUCAGAUGCCACUUCAGAUGCCAGCUGUGCCACUCUCUCACGCCAUCUUCAUCUUCAGAUGCCAGCUGUGCCACUCUCACACGCCACUGCGGCCAUCUUCAUCUUCAGUGCCACGCUGGCCAAGAAGGAACUCAGUGCCACCAACGUGUCGCCACACGGAGCUGUGUGUCCGUACGGAACUGGGUGUGUGGCGUACGGAACUGUGUGUGUGGCGUACGGAACUGUGUGUGUGGCGUACGGAACUGUGUGUGUGGCGUACGGAACUGUGUUUUUAUUUGUGUACCACUAUGGGAAUGCCUUUCACAUGUUUGUCUUAUAAAAUGAUCUGUGUGUGUGUGUGUGUGUGUGUGUGUGUGUGUGCGUGCGUGCGUGCGUGCGUGCGUGCGUGCGUGCGUGCGUGCGUGCGUGCGUGUGCGUGCGUGUCUGACUAAAUGAUCUGUGCUUUUAGAUGUAUUCAUCUCUUCAGUGGCCUCUUCUGGGUUUUAUUCUGAUUGUGUUUUAAGCAGCCUGAUACACACUGGGAAUCUCACACACACACACACACACACACACACACACACACA